GUUCAGCUGCCGACGGCCAUGUAUUACGAGAUGUUGUAGCAAGAAGGAAUGGUUUGAAAAUCCACGAGGGUAAUUAUUAUUUGUGCGAUGGAGGAUAUACGAACGGAAAAGAUUUUCUUUCACCUUAUCGAGGAUAUAGAUAUUGGUUAAAGGAUUGGAGAGGUGACAAUCCAUUGCUUCGAUGUAAAGAAGAGCUUUUCAAUAUGAGGCAUGCUAGGGCUCGUAAUGUUAUUGAAAGGGCAUUUGGUCUGCUGAAAGGACGUUGGGGAAUUCUUAGAAGCUCUUCGUGCUACUCAGUUAAGGUUCAUAACAGGAUCAUUAGUGCUUGUUGCUUGAUUCACAACUUUAUUUGCAGAGAGAUGGAAGUGGAUCCCUUAGACAUUGAUAUGAAAGAACAAAUAGAGUAUCAACACCAAAACAUUGAUGUUGUUGAAUCGUCCGAGGAGUGGACCACUUGGAGGGAUGAGUUGGCUCAAUCAAUGUGGAAUGCAAGAUCUAACAAUUGA